AUGUCAGCCGUACGAGGCCAUCUUCUUUCUCGGGGUUUCCCCGCAUAUCCCCGCGCCCUUCUUCGGCAAACCAAAACUCCCCAGCCGCAAGUUUUUUCAGUCAGAGCUACUCGGUAUAACAGCUCCAACAGCUCUAGGGGUUUUUCUAAAAGCCAGUGGAAUUUUGCUGGAUCAAAUUCCCCCGCUCGAGCGGCUCCUGGCUUCUGGACGUCUGGCAAGGCGCUCCUUGCCUGUGUCUUGGCUGCUAGCAUUGGCUACGCAUAUGCUGCCACUAGUCGGCCGUUGCAGUUGGAGAAUUCAAAAAAGCCACAAUAUGGAACGGCGAAUGAUUUCGAAAAGGCGAUUGCUGAAUUGCGGAUCACACUCGGUGAUGAUGCUAUUAGUACGGAUGAGGAUGAACUUCAACAGCAUGGAUACUCAGAAUGGUCUUCCGUGAACGCAGAUCGUCUCCCGGUCGCCGUUGCUUACCCAACGUGUACAGAAGAUGUGGUGAAGAUCGCCAAAGUUUGCCACAAAUACAGGAUGCCAAUGGUUCCUUACUCCGGUGGUUCAAGUCUCGAGGCAAAUUUCUCAGCUCCUUACGGCGGGUUGACCAUUGAUUUCGCCAUGAUGAACAAGAUACUUGAGAUUCACGAAGAUGAUAUGGAUAUCGUCGUUCAGCCAUCUAUCCAAUGGAUGGAGUUGAAUGAAAAAAUCAAGGACACCGGUCUCUUUUUUCCAGUCGAUCCUGGUCCGUCCGCAAUGAUCGGUGGCAUGAUUGGGACCAACUGCAGCGGGACAAAUGCAGUGCGCUAUGGGACAAUGAAGGACUGGGUGAUAAACCUGACAGUCGUCCUGGCAGACGGCCGGGUAAUGAAGACUAGGAGACGCCCCCGAAAGACCUCUGCUGGCUAUAACUUGACAGGAAUGUUUGUAGGCUCCGAGGGUACUUUGGGUAUUGUCACCGAAGCAACUCUCAAGCUCGCUCCGAUUCCAGAACAGACUCGGGUUGGAGUUGUUGCGUUCCCCACAAUUCGGGAUGCUGCGUCUACUGCCAUGCAGCUUAUACGAAAAGGGAUCCCAGUACAGUGCAUGGAAAUUCUGGACGAUGUCCAGAUGGAUGUCAUCAACCGUGCUGGCGGUACCGGCCGGACUUGGAAGACUUUACCCACCCUUUUUUUCAAGUUCUCGGGAACUAAAGCUGGAGUUUCUGACAGUAUCAAUCUGACGAGAGAGCUUGCCAAGAGCAACAAUGCAGCAUCAUUCGAGUUUGCCCGAGACGACCGCGAGGCACACGACCUUUGGUCAGCGCGAAAGCAGUCGUUAUGGAGCAUGAUGUCCUUGCGGAAGGAAGGUUCGGAGGUGUGGUCAACAGAUGUUGCCGUUCCAAUCUCCAGGCUACCUGAUAUUAUCGAAAUCUCAAAGAAGGAGCUCGACAACCUGGGGUUGUUCGCCAGUAUUCUGGGUCAUAUCGGAGACGGAAACUUCCAUUCGAGUAUAAUGUACGACAGAAAGGAUGCCGACCAAAUGGACCGGGUUGAGAAAGUUGUCCACGAUAUGGUCGACCGCGCCCUAGAGAUGGAAGGAUCUUGCACCGGCGAACACGGCGUGGGGCUGGGCAAGAAGGCAUCUUUGAAAAAAGAGCUUGGCCCGGCUACUCUUGAUGUUAUGCGUAGCAUCAAGAAAGCCCUUGAUCCUCACUGGUUGUUAAACCCUGGUAAGAUCUUCGACUAUGAAAGUGAGGCGUCAACAUGA